AUGAAAACACGUUUUGGUGCCAAACAGAGCCUUAGGUUCCUAUAAAUGCACACACACUCUUAACAAACCUCCUCUUCUUCCACCCUCUUCUGCUUCUCACUUCCGCGAUCACACAGCGAGAGAGAGAGAAAGAGAAAGAGAGAGAAAGAGAUCGGAAUAAUCAAACCGAGCAACGAACCCUAACUAAUUUCGUGUUUUCUUCUUCAAUCUGUUCUCGGUCACGUGAUCACUCCCAAUCCAUCACGUGAUUAUUCGAUUCCAUCAUCGUUCCGAUUCCAAUGGCCAUGACCGGUGCAGGUGCUCCUUCCAAUCAUUCACCGAAUCUCACCGUCGUUGGAACUGGAGGCGUUGGUUCCUCUGCGUGGAGCCACGUCGUCGCCGCCGCCGCCGCCGCUCCUCCUACGCAGCCGCUCGUUGAGGCUCCAGCUGUUUCUGUGAAUUCUGUGCCGCCGGAGGAGCCUGGCUUCUUCGUCGGAGGUCAUGGAUGCAGAUUCUUGGCCGGCGUUGGUGGAGUCAGCCAGGGCUACGGCGAAAUCUCCCGCGCUAUCGGAGACUGCUGCGAAGGGCCCUGUGCCGGAAUUGCAGAAUACUGGGAGCUCUGUUCCUUCUUCUCCACAGAGGCAAGUUAAGGACAAUGCAGGCAUGAGCAAUGCAGUGCCGACUCACCAAAGGACAUUUAGAAGGAACAAUUCAAAUACCUCCUCUAAUGGAGGCCACCCACAGCAACAUUCUGGUCCUCAAGGUUCUGUCACUGCAUCAGGGCCCCAACACCAUGGCUCUAGGACUGGAUUUGGGUCUAGUGACCACCCUCAGCAGCGUAAUGACCAUCCUCAGCGUAAUUCGUUUAGAAACCGGAAUGGUGGUCCACAUCCUCGUGGAGAUGGGGCUCACCAUCAUAAUUAUGGUGGCAGACGUGAUCAGGGACAUGGGCAUCAGGACUGGAAUGCUCAUCGAAACUUCAAUGGCAGAGACAAUUAUAUGUCACCGAGAUUUGGUCCGAGGAUGGUGCAAGCUCCGCCACCACCUCCUCCUAAUCACUUCUAUGCUGCACCCCCACAGAUGAGGCCUUUUGGGGGCAUGGGGUAUUCUGAACCACCUCUUCAGCAGAUGGUGUACAUGCCAUCUCCACACCUGGAUUCACUAAGAGGUGUUUCUUAUAUUCCUCCAAUACCACCAAAUUUGAUGUAUUAUCAACCUCCUGAUCCGCACUUGUAUACAAAGAUAGUGAACCAGAUUGAUUAUUAUUUCAGUAAUGACAAUUUGAUCAAAGAUCUGUACUUGCGGCAGAACAUGGAUGAUCAGGGGUGGGUUCCUAUAAGCUUGAUAGCAGGCUUCAAGAAAGUUAUGCAGCUGACUGAUAACAUCCAGGUUGUGUUGGAUGCUGUUCGAACUUCAUCCGUCCUUGAAGUGAAUGGCGACAAGAUAAGGAGGCGAAAUGAUUGGGCCAGAUGGCUCAUUCCCCCUAAUAUCAUGAGUUCUCAGACUGUUGGAAGGUUGGCAGAACAGAUUCAAGGCAUUGCGCUAGAGUCAACUAACAAUGACAGUGCUCAAGGAUUAGAUGCUUUACAGAAUAGGCCAUUUGGGGAAUUAAAUAGUCAACUUCUGCCCUCCACCAGCGAUGGUGGUCAAGCUGGGAUUCAGGUUUCAAAUCACUCAAUUUCUGCGCAAAACUAGUUUCAGAUGUUCUAAAAAAGAUUUUUUGGAGAAUAUUCUUAGGGCAAAAUGGAAAGCAGAUAUCUAUCAUGGUCUUAAUUUUUACAUAUGGGUGGUGCGAUGCAAUUUCUCAUGAGGUAUAUAGAAAAACAUGAUUGAGAAAUGGGAAGGAAAAAUCCCUCAAAGAAUAGACACAAUUUUAUACAUUAUAUCAAAAAUAUAUAUAUACACGGCUGUCCUACUCUGAUGGCAUGAUGGUGGUUGUUUGUUUAAAUCAGGGGAUUUGUUUUUUUACUUUCUUCUUUCUUUUUCCCCAAACCUUCCCCUUAGCUAUUUUUUAAAAUCUUUGGGGUCAGUUUCUCUCCUUGUACCUGCUAUAAUUGGGUGUUGAAUGAGUUCUCUAUGCUGCUGCAAGUGAAGGGUGAAGAUGGCUGUCUGUGGUGGAGAUUGUCUCUGCAACUGCUUAACAGAUGAUGAUUGCAUGAUUUUGCAAUCACAUGUCUGGAAUGACUUGGUCUUUAGACCUUUUUUUUUCUAAUUUGUUUUUUUUUUUAAUUUAAACUCACAUUUUCUUAGGUUUAGAUCAUCCUUAAGGGUUUAUUUUAUUUUAAACUUAUGGGGAUUAUGAUAGACUUUUGAAGUUUGAAUGAUGUUUAACUGAUCCUUAUGACAAUUUAUUUUUAUUAUGUAAUUAAUUUGAUUUAUUGUAUGAUGUUGGUAUACUUUAUGAUGACUUAUUAACAUUAAUUGGUAUGUACUUAUGAAUUUAUUCGGUUC